AUGGGAUUUUUAAACAUAAACACAGACCUGUUGCCCAUAAAGGCGCAUUAUUUUCUUUUCGACGCAGGAAAUUCGCCCAUCAACCCAUUCCUGUCGACGAUCGCCAAGGAGAGAGGAUACUCGCCGUCGGUGGUCGGUAACAUCUUCACGUGGUUGUUGCUGCUGAACAUCGUAGUCAAACCUCUGACCGGAUACGUCACCGACAGAUGGAAGUGCCGACGUUCCGUGUUUCUGGGUGCGAUCCUCCUCAACGGUAUUGUAACUCCCACGCUGUACCUCGUGCCUGGCGCUAAAUCUUUGGUGGGCGAGAUGUCCGACGCCGAAGCCUUUGGAUCGCUGCAGUUCUGGUGGUUCUCUGCCAUCAUCGUGCUGAGGAUGGUGUUGUUCAUGAUCGGCGAAGUCUUGCAGGAGACCAUCUGCAUGGGAAUCCUAGGUGGAGACACCAUUAAGUUUGGAAUGCAACGACUCUGGGGUGCAGCUGGAUGGGGUGUCAUGUCGUUGGUGGCGGGGGGUGCUAUUGACUGGUACAGCAGUGGACUAUCACAAAAGGACCAUUUGCCUGGAUAUUUGCUAUCGUCGGCCUCGUUUCUAGUAGAUUUCAUAGUGGCUUUAAACUUAAAGGUACCCGAAACCGAUGGACCGACAACAAACAUACUCGGGGACGUGAAAGUAGUGUUGAAAAACACUAAAGUAUGCGUUUUCCUUGUUUGGGCAACGAUCGGUGGAAUCUUCACGGCUUACAUUUGGUUUUAUUUUAUCUGGUAUGUCGAUGAUUUGGCCACAAUUUAUCACCCUGAACGGAAAUCGAUCUUAAGCUCAAUUGAAGGAUUUUCUCUUACUAUUGAGUGUUUAGGUGGGGAAGUUCCAUUUUUCUAUUUAUCUGGAUACCUGAUCAAGCGUACGGGUCAUAUGACGGCUUUUUCGAUAUCAUUCGCCAUGUUCGCACUGCGAUUUCUCUUGUAUUCGAUCAUCCGAGACCCACUGUGGGUACUGCCUGUAGAGUUAUUAAAUGGUAUCACGUUUGGAUUAAGCUACAUUGCUGGAAUAUCAUAUUCUGCCAAAAUUGCCCCUGUCGGUAGCGAAGGUACAGUCCAAGGAUUGUUUUCGAUGGCGUUCCAAGGAUUCGGAGGUUCUUUGGGUGCAUCAUUAGCCGGUUACACAUUUAGCCGUUUAGGCAGCGUAAUGGCUUUUCGACUUAUCGGUUUCAUCGCACUUAUAAUGUGUGUCAUUCAAAUAGUCGUAAACUACUUUAUAAAUAAGAAUAAGAAAUUAAUUGCAUAA